CCUCCUCACUACCCUAGGACAGAGCUCGAGGCUGGUCGGGGCUAGCCGAGCUGGAAUCCUGGGGCUGCAGGCCUUUCGAGGAAACACCUGCGGAGCGCGCCGCCAGAGCCUGGGAGGUCUGCGCCCGUCUCCCGAGCUCCCCUGCGCUCCUUUCCCGCUCGGGAGCUUUUGCCCUGCAGUCGGUAGCAACUUCCAACGACAGGCGCACAGGGAGAGAUCAGGGAGCCGGGAGGCUGGGAACGCCGAGCGAACAGGGGAGGAGCGGGAGGCGCGCAGCGUCACAGCCUAGCUCUUACCACGCUGAGCUUGGUAAAAUUUCCCACUGUUCAGGAGCACGAAGAACUUUAGAGGUAAGAACCACAUCAGUUACCGGGGCUCCUGAAAGUGAAGCCAGCGAGGUUGUGGCCCGGGGACAAGAUAGGGUCAGUGUUCAUUGUAUUACAAGAAGCUGCGUUCCCAGGAUGCCUGUAAGCCCCUGGCUUGCAAGGUCAGUCUUCAAACAGUAACGGCGUGGGGGCAGGGUAGGAGGACUCCCAGGGCAGUCCACAAAGCCCCGUAUCCCCCAACAAGUGGCUAAAAGAACUCCCGUGGAUUCUGUCCAGAGAGGCUAAGCUGCGGUGAAUGACUCCAUUCCCCGUUUGUACAUGACUGUCAUAGGAUGCAGAAGGGACUCCUUGCAUUGGAGUGCCUAAGAGAGGGGGAUGCCUAACGGUGUCCCCCCGCCCACUGAUGGCAGGUCUCACAGCGAAGCCUCUACAAGGAGAUGGCGGUUCUGGCUAAUGUUGGCGAGGCUAUGGCUGCCUUGAAAAAGGAAAGAGAAAAUGGUUCCUCUUCAGUCUGCAGGGGGCAGAGGCAGGUGUAGGUGGAAUCUAAGUGAUCAGCAGGACGCGCGGUGAGCCCAGCGUCCUCCUACGCCGCCAUCUUCCCAGGAUCUACCACAGGACUUUCAUCCAUUUUUAAUUUAUUUUUGUUUAUGGUGUAAGAAGUUUCAUUCUACUGCAUGCUGCCAUCCAAUUUUCCCAGCACCAUUUGUUGAAGAGAUUGUCUUUUUUUUCCAUUGGAUAUUCUUUCUGCUUUCUCGAAGGGUAGGAAAAGGACCUGUGCUGAGAAGAUGAGUCUCAAGGUUGAUUUGGAAACAAACUUUGCUGAAUGUGUCUUAAAUGCAGGAAAGAUCAUCCUUGGGGAUACACAAAGGAAAGAAAUGAAUCCUGAAUUGCGGAAAAAACAGAGGAAAAACAUCUUGAAAGCAAUAUGUGCUCUGCUGAAUUCUGGUGGCGGAGUGGUCAAAGCUGAGAUUGAGAACAAAGACUACAAUUAUGAAAUCCAUGGAGUAGGCCUGACGAUGCCUUCAAUUUUUAAAGGCUAUUUAGAUGAGAUGCAGCAGGGAGAACUCUUUUUGAUUUUUGUGAGAUCCUGGAACGCAGAUGCCUCUGGUGUACGAAUUGCUACCUUGUGCUCCAAUUUGUGCUAUAGAUACAGAGCAUCUACUGAUGUCAUGGAUUCUAAGGAAGCAUUGGCAUUCCUCAAAGGGAAAACUCAGACUCUUAGGAAUACUGAUUCCAGUUCAUUAAGUCCACACAAAGUUCAGGUUGGUGUGCGAAACGAGUAUAACAUAAGGGCCUCAGCUGCUGCUGUAUUCGCUAGAACUCAGCUUCAGUACCUAGAAAAGCUCAACUUUACUAAUUCCCUCCACGUUGAAUUUAAAAUGUUCUCAACAGAGGAGUCACAGUGCUUUCACCAGAGUCUCCCUAGUUGUGUUUCUGCAUUUGCAAACACUGAAGGAGGGUAUAUAUUUUUUGGUGUGCAUGAUGAGACCCAUGAAGUCAUUGGAUGUGAAAAGGAGAAAAUAGAUCUUGACAUGUUGAAGGCUUGUAUUGAUUCCUGUAUUAGGAAUCUCCCUGUCCAUCAUUUCUGUACACAGAAGCAUGAGAUAAAAUAUGCUGUCAAAUUCCUUGAAGUACACAAUCAGGGGACCCUUCAUGGAUAUGUCUGUGCAGUCAAGGUGGAACAAUUUUGCUGUGCAGUGUUUUCCAAGAUGCCCAGUUCCUGGCAGGUGAAGGACAAUUGUGUGAAACAGCUGGACGCGAAGCAAUGGAUAGCUUGGAUGAUGGAAGCCGACCCAGAUCUUUCCAGAUUUUCUGAGAUGGUCCUUGCAUUGAGUUUGUCAUCCACUACACCCCGCAGCAGGACUGUGUGCACUCAUAAGAAUUUUGAAUGUCUGGAAGCACAGCAAAAACGUUACUUUCCAGUAUUACCAGACAGAAUGGUGUAUACACCAGAAAGCAUCUACAAGGAGCUGUUCUCAACACAUAAAGGACUCAAAAACUUAAUAAAUAAGGAAAUGCGCUCUUUCUCUCAAGGAAUAUUGAUAUUCUCUCGAAGCUGGGCUGUGGACGUGGGUCUGCAAGAGAAGCAGGGAGUCAUCUGUGAUGCUCUUCUGCUUUCCCAGAACAACACCCCACGCCUCUACACUAUCCUCAGUGAGUGGGACCCAAGCUGGAAGGGCUACUCUAGGACAGUCGCCCGCGUCUUAAAACAGACGCUGGUGAACACAGGUGGCUACACUGGGAAAUUGUGUGUCACUCCCUUGACCUUCCUACUGAAUCCUGAUAAUACAGCAACGACUCUUCAUGAUUUGGAUUUGCAAAUUUACCCCAACUCCUAUAACCUUAGGACCACCCAGCACAUGGAAGCUCUGUUACAGUCCCUUGUGAUAGUCUUGCUCGGAUUCCGAUCUUUCUUAAGUGAAGAGCUGGGCUCUGAGGUUUUCAGCCUCCUCACAGAUAAACAGUAUGAGUUGCUUUCAAAGAACAUUCGCAUGACUAAAGAGCUGUUUGUUCAUGGCUUACCUGGAUCAGGGAAGACCAUCCUGGCUCUUAGGAUAAUGGAGAAGAUCAGGAAUGUGUUUCACUGUCAACCAGAUGAUAUUCUUUACAUCUGUGAAAAUCAGCCUCUGAAGAAUUUUGUGAGCCAGAGACAUGUCUGCCAGGCAGUGACCCGGAAAACCUUCAUGAAAAAUGACUUCCAAAAGAUUAAGCACAUCAUCAUCGAUGAAGCUCAGAAUUUUCGCACUGAGGAUGGAGACUGGUAUGAGAAGGCAAAAGCCAUCACUCAGAGAAAAAAGGAUUGCCCAGGAAUUCUCUGGAUCUUUCUAGACUACUUUCAGACUACCCACUUGAGCUGCAGUGGCCUCCCUGCUCUCACAGCCCAGUAUCCAAGAGAAGAGCUCACCAGAGUGAUCCGUAAUGCAGAUCCAAUAGCCAAAUACCUACAAGAAGUAAUGCAGGAGGUCAGAGAAAAUCCUCCAUGUAACAUCCCGCCUGCGUCCCUGGAGAUGGUUCAUAAAGCUGAAUGGGCUCAGGGUAUUCCGGGCUACGUGGAGAUUAUGGAGUACUUGGACAUGGAAGAUAUGGUGUUCCAAGUAGCAAAGAAAUGCCACUUUCUCUUUAGGAAUGGUUAUUCUCCCAAGGACAUUGCCGUGCUUUUCAGCAAAGCAAGUGAAGUGGAAAUAUAUAAAGAUAAGCUUCUAAGAGCAAUGAGGAAAAGAAAUACAUCUCAGCUCGAUGGGGAAUCUGAUCUUUUAGUACAGAUCCAAGAUGCAUCGGAUAUCAUGGCCAAUCACAUUGUGUUGGACAGUGUCCGUCGAUUUUCAGGCCUGGAAAGAAACAUCGUGUUUGGGUUCAACCUAACAGCUGAGCCAGAUAUUUUCCAUAAUCUUCUGCUCUGUCUGGCUUCCAGGGCAAAGAAACAUCUCUAUAUUCUGAAGGUUCCUAUUUGACAGGAAGAUCCCAGGCUAAGAAACAAUUAGGUAGCUCUCAUCUCUAGUUAACCAUGAAACUAUUUGAUCUAAACAUUGAAUUAUCGAGUAUUUUAUGAGCCCUCACUCUGAGCCAUGUACUCUGCUAGGUGCUGGGGAUCAGGGGUAGGGUAUCAAACUAGGCAGACAAGAUUUCUUCUUUAGGGCAGAGGUAAAUCACAGACAAGUAAACAAAUACAAGUACAAGACAUUUCAGAUAGGGGCACCUGGUUGGCUCAGUCAGUUAAGCCUCCAACUGUUGAUUUUGGCUCAGGUCAUGUUGUCAUGGUUUGUGAGAUGGAGCCCUCCUGUCAGGCUCCAUGAUGACAGCACAGAGCCUGCUUGGGAUUCUCUCUCUCCCUCUCUCUGCCCCUACCUCAUGUUCACUCUCCCCCACUCCUCUCUUUCAAAAUAAAUAAAUAAAUAUAAAAAAAGAAAUUUCAGAUAGUAAUUAGGGUCAUCAGAAUAGUAAUUAGAGGGCCCUGAGAUGCAGACAUUGUGUGUGUGUGUGUGUGUGUGUGUGUGUGUGUGUGAACACAUAGGCAGGUAUAGAGGGAAGAGCUGGUUAUUCAUGGUGGCUGAGGAAGCACUCAAUGAGGGAAGGAGUCACAGGAAUAUCUUUGAGCCAUAUGUGCCAGGCAGACUCAGAUAUUGUGACUUUUAAAAAAAUAUUUUCACUAUUUUCAAUACAGCAAUGGUGCAGAAAUGCUUGAUAUCAUGUACUGGGAGAGUAUGAAGGACACAGAGAGGUCAUGUGUCUGGCCUUUUAUGGGCCAGGAAUAGUUGUGGAAUAUUUCAAAAUAUAAGAUCAGAAAGUACAAACUGCAAUUUUUUAGAAACCACAUUACAUGAUUCUUUUCCAUUAAGUUUUUUUUAAUGUUUAUUUAUUUUUGAGAGAGAGAGAGAGAGAGAGAGCACAGGCUAAGGGCAGAGAGAGAGAGCGACACACAGCAUCUGAAGCAGGAUCCAGGGUCUGAACUGCCAGCACAGAACCCGAUGCAGGGCUUGAACUAGUGAACUGUGAGAUUGUGACCUGAGCUGAGGUCCACUGCUUAACCGGCUGAGCCAACCAGGCGUCCCUAUGCCUUUCCAUUUUUAUUCUGUUAGUGAUGGUAGUAAUUCUGAUCACUAUCUUUGAAAACAUUUUGUGUGCCUUUUGGUUAUUUGGGAUCUUGGCUCCUUAGCUCUGCUUUAAUAUUAUUCCCAUGGAGAAAAUAGGUUACUGCAUGAACCUAUUCCCCAGGGAGACACAAUUCCCCAGGGAGACAGGUUGCAUUUUAUUUCUUAAUUUUAAAAUAAAAGGGCCUUAAGAAGAUGAAUGUACUGGACUUAAAAGGUCCAUUUUGCUUUUAAUUUAAUCUAAUAGCCAAUGAAAUUAUAAAGUAAAUAUACAAUAUUUUUAUUCUGCAGAAUCUUGAGGAUUUCAGCUAGUUUCUCAAAGGCUAUUGCUAUAGAAGAAUUUAGGAAGUCUUUAAAUUCAAUGAAACAAGCCUUGAAAGACAAAGUGAGGAAGCAGCCAAAAGAGACAAAGAGGGAUCUUGCUAAGGACACAGAUUGUGAAACAAUACAGAAUAAAAAAUAAAUUAGAAGCAACAAGAAAUUGAAAACCCUGUUCCUGACAUAGAGGAAGUCUUGAGAUAAUCACACAAAUGGAGAGAAAUUAGACAAAUAUUACUGUAGUUAUCAAGAAGAUCUAUCUAGAGUGUGAGGAUCCAGUAAGAAUGGAUGUGGAGUAGAAAAAUCAAUAAGUGGAACAAUAAAAAUGUUCUAAGAUAUAAUAUGGGAAAAUUAUAAAAUAUAUCUUCAGAUUGAAAGAUUUCUUAACAAUCACAGCAGACAAAUCCAAUUGUCUGAUCCUUCUGGCUUCUGAUUUCUCUGGAGCAAUAUUCAAAGCAACAAGACAAUGGGCAUGCUGUAUUUCAAUUACAUUUGAUCUCUUUUAUUGGCUUAUUGGUUCUCUUUGUAUUGUUAUUUUAGUGGUAGCUUUAGGGUUUACAGUAUGUAUCUUUAACUUAUCACAGUCUUCUUUCAAGUGAUAUGAUACCAUUUCAUAUGAUGUAUCAGAACUUUACAACACUAUCCUUCCAUUUCUCUCCAGGUUUUGUGCUUUGUCCAGAUACAUUGUACUUCUAUAAAAACCAUAAUAUGUUGAUGUUAUUUUGCCUUAAACAGCCACUUGUCCUUUAAAGAAGUUUAAAUAAUAUGAAAAAAAAUUCCUUAUCCUUACCCAUGCCGUUACCAUUCCCGGUGGUGUUCAUUCCUUUGUGUCUUGCAUCAUAUUCCUUCUGCUCAAAGGAAUUUCUUUAACAUUUUUAUAGUGUAGGUGAGUUAUUGAUAAAUUUGUUCAAAUUGUGUGCGCAUGGAAAAAGUACUUUACCUCUGCUUUUGAAACAUAGCUUUGUUGGAUAGAGGCCUAGGUUGGUAGUUUUGUCUUUCAGUAACUUACAUAUAUUCCUUCAUUGUCUUUCAUCUUACAUCAUUUCCAAAAAUACGCUGUAAUCUGCAUCUUUGUUCCUCUGUACACAAUGUGGUAUUUUCUCUGACUUCUCUUAAGAUUUUCUCUUUAGUCUUGGUUUAAGCAAUUUAAUUAUAAUAAUGUUUGGUAGUUAAUAAAUUUCUUGGUGAAGGAGACAAAAU